UUAAAGGGGCUGAACGUUUCGCUUCGAUCCCUUAAACUUUUCUCCGAUCGAUCUAUAUAAAUAGAGAAGUGUAUUAUAUUCGUUAUGUUAUAGUGAAGUUAUUUCUUUACACAAUAGUAUCGAAGUAUAAGAAUAUGAUUGUGAAAAAAUAAAGGCAAUGUGAACUUUUGAAAUUACCAACACUCGAUGCCUGUGCUCCACGCGAAGUCUGCGAUGUGGUCGCGAAAGCACUCCGUCUGCAGCGCUGUAAGUGGCGCCUCCAAGUGCGAAGAUGGUGACGGUCAACUCACCAGCGGUAUUCAGCUUUAUCCAUUCGCUAUAGCGUUACGAGUUCGUGUACUACAGAUCGUAUGCGGUAUCGGUGGAUUGGUGGUGGGAGCGGUCGGCUGGUUAGAAGAGAGACAGAAGCCAGAGUUAGGGCUGGGAGUACCAGCCGGGGCUGUCACUGUGAUUGCUGCAGCGACAUCUGUGUACUACAGCCGAGGGUUCGGCGGUUGGGUCUCGGCUAGAUCGAGAUCGUCGAGGGCCUGGGGCGCCCCUUGGAGAGUACUUGGACCGUCCCCAUGCGCGGCCGUCCCACUUACCCUGCUAUGGACAGCUGCGUUGGCGGCGCAUAUAGCUAUGUUAGCGUUUUGUAUUAGGUCUUUAAUGAAUAUUGGGUGUGGGAGUACGACCUGCGUCGGGGUAGCGGGCGCCCAGCUCUCAGUGUCUGUGACAACUUUAGCCGCGGCCUUAUUUAUGCUACAAUUAGAUUUGCGAUACGACGCAUCCCUGUCACCGCCGCCGAGACAGUCCGACGCACAGAUAUGUACAGCAGUGUCUAUGGUUCCACUUACGUCCGUGGCAAUUACCAGCGGUAACAGUGGUGAUGGUGAACCUGGCAACAGUCCUCUGAAUAAGGGGAAAGAACUUCAACCCUUACCGGCUGAGCCGAUCACCUGAUGCAGCGAAGCGGCAUGAACUGAUGAAGAGUCAGCAUGUAGGAGAAGAGACAGCGAAAGACGAAGUCUUGAGUCUUGAAAAUUUUGAAAAACUAGUGUUUUAGUGAAAAAAGUGUGAACUUAUGAAGGAAAUAUAGAACACGUAAUUACAGAUUAAACAAA